GAACAACUUGUGGGGAAGACAUAUGCGACGGAGGAGUUGUAACUGGCGGCAUCUGUGACCGACGAAAGUCACUUGAACAACGUGUCGAUGGAAGGUGAGAAACGAUUGAGAUUAUAAUAAAUCCGACAGUGUGUGCCUUAUUUUCACUCCAAUGACAAAGAAGAGUUCUAAAAAAUCCUCAAGACAAGCACAAGAGACUACUGUUGCAGAAGAGCAAAAGCCAUCUCCAGCACAUAAAAAACAAGGUAGUGAGAUUGACGAGAUAUUUGCAGGGAAAAAACGGAAGAAAUCUGAAGCCAAAAAAACAGAAACAUCUGAAUAUGUAGCUAAGAAACCCGAGAAAUCAAAGAAGAAUGUGAAGAAGAAAAGCAAAGGGUCAGCAGGUGCUGGAGAUUUUGCAGACCCACCUUCUGGACCUAGAAAAACAACAGAGGAUGGGCUUGCCAUCUACACUGAAGAGGAGUUGGGUAUCAACAAAGCAGAAGCUGGAACUACCCCACUCUGUCCAUUUGAUUGCUCCUGUUGCUUCUGAUGACAGCAAUCAAUUUUUUCCUCUGAUAUACAUUUUUGGAUCAAUACACCUGGACCUUGCCAGUCUGGCACACAGCAAUCAACUUUUAUGCUUGAAUAAGGUUUCAAUGUGAUUCAUAGAUAUACUAUAGUUUAUUUUUUGCGAUUGAAA